GCCAUGAAUCGUGCAAUUUUGUCUGUCCAAACACCCGUCUGUAGGAUCAGUCGGAGAAAUCGAGGCUGACGAUGACGGAGAACCACGUCGGAAUGAACGGGGAUUUCGAAGAAGACGAAGACUUUACGGAGUGCGGUCGGUUCGUGCUCCUGGACUCGCUGGCCAGACGCGACGAGCAAAGUCGCUCGCUGGUCAUGGACAGGCUGGAGCGCGCCUUCACCAGGUGGCGGGAAGAGGAGAAGGAGGGAGGGGAAGAAGCGAAGAAACUGCUCCGCGAGCACGUAUGUAGGGCGCUGGCUCUCCGCUCGAACGCGCCGUUCGUGGACAUCCGCCAGCGGAUGGGAAAACUCCUUGAAGAUGCGAAGUUGAACAAAGUGCCAGUUCCACAGCCUCUGUUUGAUGGGCCCACGUCCUUCAUUCCAAGAGAAGAGGUGGUGUGUUACGAGAAUGGAAAGAACAUGGCUGGGGAGCUGGGGGCGGUCCAAUCACAGUACGAGGAGGCAUUUGUACAAGAAGGGAGGUUGUCCCAUGUGACCCAGGUGCUGGGGUACCACCCCUCCUAUCUGCCACAGUUCACGAAGAUGCACAAUUUCCUGAUGAGGGGAAACGGACCCUACCCCUGCAUAUUAGGAACUACCUGGCCAUUCUGGCUGCAAGUCGUCACAAAUGUGCCUAUCUGGAUCUUGUUUGCCCCUGGUAGGGGGGGCAUGCAUACCAGCCGCCCUUUUAUGGUGUCACUCCAGCAGAAAGAGUUCCUGGCCAAUGGAGGAGACCCUGCCUGGACAGAGGGAGGCAUCCAAAGCCUCCCAGCCAAGAUGCUCAAUUUUCUCACAGUCAACAAGCUUCUGGCACACCAGCCGUGGCUUGUCACCCCUGUCCAUAUGAAGAAUCUCCUGCGAGGUAGCGACAGUUGGUCCGUGUCGGAGCUCGCCCACGCGGUGGUAGUGAUGGCCCACUUUCACUCCCUCUCCAGUUUUGCACUCUCGUGCGGUCUCACUCCAGAGAUAGACACACUCUACGAGGUCAUGAUGACGUCAUUGGAGGGGGCGGAGUUUCCGUCGGCACACCCGGGAUGUCUCACUAACCCCGCCCUCGGUCUCGGCCGGAGGAGAGAGAAUUCGGGGUCGGAAUCGACGCAGACAGACUCGGGGCCAAUCUCCCCUGAGCCUCCCUCGUCUCCCACUGACUCCAGGACUGGACAGUACAUGGUCCAGUACUAUCUCAGCAGUACCAGUGGAGAGGGGGGUAAUCUGGGAGACACUCUGAGGGAGAAGCUGAGGAUGAUGGACUCCGUCCCGUCAGACGAAGAGACUGAACAACAGAGAGACUCGCAGUUCAUGGGAGCUGCCUCCAUUAUCAGCACAGACGAUAGUGUGCAGAAGCCCAAGUCGCCCGUCUUUUUCCCAUCCGAUUAUUCUUGGGACGACCAUGGCUAUGCAUUUCUCAACAGUCUCUACCCCGAUAUUUGCCCUCUGCUGGACGGUCGAUUCGGCACGUCAUUUUCCAUGACCUACAAAUUUGUUGGGAAGGAAAAGAACAUCGAUACGACCAAUUUCCGCGAGGCCAUCUGGUUCUACAUCCACAGUAUAAAGGGAAUUCGCCAUGACGACUAUCAGUAUCGCAAGGUUAAUCAGGUCCUCGACAUAAGUUUCAAGACCUUCAUAAGGAUGGUGGCCUGUUUCCCAGAGAAGGUCCACGUGAACAUCAUAGCAGUGGAUGCCAGGAUGCAGGCUGAGCUCAUCUACGCCAUGAGAGCUCUGAUGACAUUCAUGAAGUCCCAGUAGUAGCCAUUCCUGUCCCAGUGUGUCUGCGUGUAUUUCUGGUCGUGUUUCCAUGUCAUGUACGUUUGUGUGUGUAGCCAAUUGUACAUCAUGUGGUGAAGCUACCGGCUCCACUGUAUGUGUGUAUGUAUGUAUGUUUCAUGUACAUCAUGUUGUGUUAUAUAGGAGAAAAUUAUCGCUGAAUUAACUUAGCUGUCUAUUGUCAUCAGAACACCCCCCUUCAUUUUGUAUUUAUUAUUCUGCCAAAAUUUAUGAAGUUUUAUUAUGGACUUGAACACUAAAAAAUGAAGUAUAAUAAAUAAUGUACAUAUAUAUAAAGAGUAUUAUACAGGCACAAUAAACAUGACUAUAAUUAUAAUAUAAAACUGGGUUUGGGUAUAUAUGAAAAAUUAAAAACGUGUGGCUAUAAACUGAAAGCUGAAAGAGACUUAGUGUCUCCGGCUGUGAGGUAAUCUAUGAUGAUGAUGAUAGGGGUGGUGAGGGAGAGAUGGGGGGUGCAAUCUUUUCUCCCGCGGUGGAUGAGGAGGAGAGCGAGAUGACUUGCCCCGACACCGACCAUGACUGCAUCGAUCACCGCUACUUCGAGAGUGCCGGUCCCGAUGUGGAUCCGAAUCUGGGACUCCGACACGACAGCAGCCGCGAUCGGAUCUUCGGCGAUGUAACCGUUCCUCUUCCUCUCUCCUUCUGACAGAGUCACUGGCGACCAACCUUCUUUUCCUGGGUGGCAGUUCACUCUCUCUCCUCUCUCCUCUUCUUCGUCUCUCAGGCGCUUCAGUCUUGUGCGGAGAGCUGGAGGGGGUAGGGGGCCGAAUAUCUAACCUCGAGGGGGUCGAGGGGGCCAAAAAUUCCCGGUCGUCCUCAGAAAUCUCUCCCUCUUCUCUGUCUACCAGAAUGUCA